AUGGUGAAGGGACGCACUGGACAGCGCGUCAGGCUCUACGUCCGGGGCACCAUCCUCGGCUUCAAGAGGUCGAAGUCGAACCAGUACGAGAGCACGUCGCUGGUGCAGGUCGAGGGGGUGAACACCAAGGAGGACGUGGCGUGGUACGCCGGGAAGCGCCUGGCGUACGUGUACAAGGCCAAGACCAAGAGCAACGGCACCCACUACCGCUGCCUCUGGGGCAAGAUCACCCGCCCGCACGGCAACUCCGGCGUCGUCCGCGCCCAGUUCAAGUCCAACCUCCCCGCCGAGUCCAUGGUCAGUGCCCGCCCGCCCUUAGCUUUCGAUGAGCUGCUUGCCUGCUUGAUGGUGCCUUUUGCUGAGGCUGUUUGUUGCUUUUGUUUUGUGUGCAGGGGCGCAAGGUCAGGGUAUUCAUGUACCCGAGCAGCAUCUAAGGCCUUGUGA